GAAGAAAGACUACGACGACUGGUGGCUUUGCGACAGUCGUCGUAAAAACCGGAAGUGUCGGGAUCAACUGUCGUCCGCAGUUUCUCAAUACUGACAUACUAUUUGACACGUCGAAUCAAAUGUGACGCCUGUUGACCUGCGAUGUGAUCCGGUGGUGAGUGUCAGACUACAUUUUGUGACGAAUAUGAAAGCAACCACCGCCACGCAUUUUCGGCAGCUUUGCUUCAACCUCCCAAGUACGUAGCCAAGCCAAGUUACUGGAGCCUGUCGCUUUAGAGGCCACUUGAAAACAUGCUAUUGGUCAGUGACUUUUUAACUUGAUAAACUUGUUACGCUCAACAUUUGUGACUCUGAGCACAUUUAAAGCAAACAAUGUGGCUACAGCAACGACUGAAGGGGCUACCCGGCUUGUUGUCAAGCAGCUGGGCUCGAAGACUUCUCAUCGGACUGCUCGUCUUCCUCAUUUUCUACUGGUACCUCGGAGCAGAGCGCAGGUGGAGGAUCUUCGGCGGCUCGGCUAUGCAGGGCGGGGCGGCUGGACUUUGUCUUCAGGCGGAAAUCCACAGAUGGAAGUCUCUUGUGGACCGCGGGGAGGGUUUAUACAGCACAUCUCAGGAACAACUAGAUACACCUUUUGUAUCAGGUAAUGGCCAUAUUCUCAUUGACACUGACUCGAACAAACUCUGGGUGGCGUCGUCUUCACAGCCUGGUUCGGCUCCGGUCCAUCAGACUGAAUAUUCCCCCAUCGUGGGCGUUCAUCUCGAGGGGAAGCAGGCUGAAGUGCGAGCAGCCAUGAUGUGGUUCCGCAAAGGGUCUGUGCUGUCAGUGCGAUGCACUUCACCUGUAGCUGGGCAGUCAUCUCGGGACUGUGUCACCAUCAGAGAGGAGUUUAUCGCCCACAGGACUCGACACAACGUCUACCUUCAGAGGAUCCACAUCAACAACCCUUCCGAUAAGUCGACCACCUUUGAGAUCUCCUACAAGACUGUCAACUCUGGCGGCAAGUUCUCCACCAGCGUGGACAAAGUGGAGGACAGAGAGAUAGUGCUCUCGUCGGGCAGAGUCCCUUUAGAGAAGAACCGUAUGCUGCUGGUGGUGGUAGUCUCCAAAAAGAUCAACAGCAGGAUACAGGUUUUUCCUAAAUCCGAGUACACGGACAAUAUCCUAUCUGUUGUGAGGACUUCAGAGCCCAUCGAGCCGUCCAAGCUGGAGGAGACGUUCACCAGCCUCCGGGAUGCAGCCAGAAAAGAGCUGGGAGAGCUGCUCAGGGUGAAUGGUGACGAUCUGGUCGUAGAUCACCAGCAGGCCUGGAUGGAUCUCUUCAUUUCAGGCGUCGAGAUGAGAAAGAUCACGGACUCGCACACACCGUCGAGCCGCACGGUGAACGCCACCCUCUACUAUGUCCUGUCCUCCUCGACGGCUCCCUUGUUGGAGCGGAGGCUGACUGGCGAGGAGCGCGCCCGCCUGGAAUCCAGCCUCAACUACGCCGACCACUGCUUCAGCGGCCACGCCACCAUGCACGCCGAGAACCUGUGGCCCGAGAGGGUGAGCGGCACCGCACAGAUCUUGCAGCUGGUCACGCUCUGGACUCUGACCCUGCAGAAGAGAGGCUGCAAGGUGCUGGUGGCGGCCGGCGCCCACGGAGCCAUGCAGGGUAUGGUGCUCAGCUUCGGCGGGCUUCAGUUCACCGAGAACCACCUCCAGUUCCAGGCCGACCCGGAUGUGCUGCACAACAGCUAUGCCCUGAGGGGGAUCCACUACAACCAGGACCUCAUCAACCUUGCGGUACUGCUGGACACGGAGGGCAAGCCUUUCCUCCAUGUGUCCGUCAAGCCUCAGGAAAAGCCCGUCAAGCUGUACGCGUGCGAGGCCGGCUGCCUCAACGAGCCCGUGGAGCUGACGUCGGAGGUCAAAGGCCACACCUUCCCUGUCAUGGUGACUCAGCCUAUCACCCCGCUACUUUACAUCUCCACGGACCUGCGCCACCUGCAGGACCUGCGCCACACGCUGCACCUCAAGGCCAUCCUGGACCACGAGGAGCACAUGGCCAACAGGUACCCGGGCCUGCCUUUCCUCUUCUGGUUCAGCGUGGCCUCGCUCAUCACGCUCUUUCACCUUUUCCUCUUCAAGCUCAUUUACAAUGAGUACUGUGGCCCUGGUGCCAAGUCCCUCUUCAGGAGCAAGGUAUAAUAUCAGAGAACUGCUAGAUAAAUGAUUGCAAACUGAGCUUAGUUUUUUAUAUUUGUGUGUGUGUGUGUGUGUGUGUGUGUGUGGGAGUUUGGUGGUGGCACAAAUUUCGAGGGGUUGUGUUCUCAAGUGGCACAAUUUCAUCACCAACACGACACACGUUGCUCUGUUCCCUAACAUUUUGUUGGCAGCACUUGAGUUCAGUUUAAAUGCACUUUGUAGAAAUUAUGGAUUGUGAAAUGUUUGGCAGUAACAAAUGCUUACCUGGAACUUCAUGUUGCCACACGACAACUUUGCUCCUCUAAAAGGGACCACUCUGAUUAUUUAGCAUUUGUGGUAUAAAAAUGAAAGAGGAUCUUAGCAGCUCAAGGUCAAGGUAAGAAAUUUAAUGUUUUGCUCGCAUCAGCUAAAAUUGGUUUCAUUUUAAGGCCCCAAAUAUUUUUUUUAUAAAGAGUAUUUAGAUAGCCCAGUCAUCCAUUGUGUGUUCUCAAAAGGCAAAUCAACAUUUUCUGCUGUUGCGUGUGAUGUGUCCUGGAAAUCAUGGUAGGUGUACUUGAAGCAUGCAAAUUGUAAAUUAACUAAAUUGCCCAUUGCAUUCAAGAGAGAACCAAAGCAGUGAGCCCAAACUAUCUGGAAUGUAUUGUCAAAACAAACACACAUUAUUUAAUCAAGUUUCAGAAUCUUGAAUAAGCAAAACCCUUGAACGCCAUUCAAGAACAAGAUGAACAAGAUGUCUUGGGGACUAAACUUGCGGGCUUAAUAUUAAUAUGUAUGUCAAAGCCAAAUGUAAUGAUUUUGUUCUUAUCAGCAAGUUACUCUACUGACCUGUGUAGCAGCAGCAGCAUUCCAAGAAACCUGUGCAGUCAGAUGAUCUGACUCAUCAAACCUUUAUUAAAAAGUGCAGCAAAUUCAUCAACCAUCCAUAUAAACAAAUAGAUUGUCUCUUUGAAUUGAUGUUCAAUUGAAGUGCUUUAAAUUGUCUCUAAACCGCCGAUAGGGUCUGGGGUCUGAUAAUGUCCUUGUUUGUUUGGCAUGGCACGAGAAAUGAAAGUCGAGUAGGAGUGUUAAUUUACCCUGAGGCGACUUUGCACAGUGCAGGCGAUGUCAUACAUUACAGUGUCCUGAAAAAGUAUUGGCUUGCCCCCUUCUCAAAUUGUUAUAUUUUUGCAUAGUUUCCCCAUUUUAAGAUCAUCAGACAAUUGUAAAUAUUAGACAAAUAUAACCCAAGUGAACUUAAAAUGCUGUUUUUAAAUGAUUUCAUUUAUUAAGGGGAAAAAAACUAUUGUCUGAUAUUUACAUUAGUUUGAUCUUAAACAUUAAAACAGGCGGAAACUAUGCAAAAAUAUAAGAAUUUGAGAAGGAGGCCAAUACUUUUUCACGGCACUGUAUGUUAAUGUUUAUCAAUGUAAAAUUGUUCAAUGUUAACAUGUCCUCUAAGAAUUGGUGUGCACCUGCUGACACUGCCACGUUUCUGGAUUUCUUUCUUUGCUGUGUUGUUUUAUAAUGAAUCAUUCAAUUAAAUUAACAAGAAAUGAC